UGCUUGAAAAAAUAAAUUUGAUCUAAAGAGACAACGGUCACAAAUCACCAAAAAAGGGGAUAGAGUGUCAAUCAUCUGGUAUCCACACAAUAAGAAGGGGUCCAAGUGUAACAUGUGAUGUGGACACAGAGAACAUGUUCUCCAAUUGUGUAUUUAUGUCAAUUGAGUCAUUUCCAUCUGCCCAUACUUUAGAAUAGCUAGGAACAUCAUCGAAAUCACCCUUGUCCUUGUGGACAUGCUCAAUCCCUGUUUAAAUACCCAAAAGCUUAUUUCUUCAUUCACGUCUACAAGUUAGAAGGAAGCAAAAAUAAAAAAGGGCCAUGGAAGCUUGUUUUCUCACCUCAAACCCUCUCCCGAAAACCGCAGAACUGAUUCCUUCUAUUAAAAGCAGAACUUUCGCCUUCUCCAAGAGAAACCCACUUCAAUUUCAAAGCAGAAGAGUCGCCUUCCCCCCUCCUAUAACAUGUUCUCGUUCGGAUUCCUAUUUGCCGUCUAACGAUGAUGAGAGUCCUGUUGUUGAUGCCGAUUGGCGAUUAUUUAGAGCAAGAUUGAUUAGUGGAGGACGAGCAUCAAGCGGUGAAGAGUCUUUGUCUUUGUCUUCUUCUUCAGUGGUGGAUCCGGAUGCGGUGGUGGACUAUCCGGCUCCGUUUACGCUCGGGGACAAAUGGGCCCAUACGAUCCAUGAGCCCGAAAAGGGUUGUCUACUUAUCGCCACUGAAAAGCUCGAUGGCGUUCACAUUUUCGAACGGACGGUGAUCCUUCUCUUGUCAACUGGGCCCAUGGGCCCAACUGGAAUCAUCCUCAAUCGACCGUCCCUUAUGUCCAUCAAGGAAAUGAAGUCAACGGUGCUGGAUGCAUCAGGCACUUUCUCUGACAAGCCCUUGUUCUUUGGUGGGCCUUUAGAGGAAGGCCUGUUUCUUCUAAGCCCAAAAGCAGAUAAUGGGGUUGGAAAUAGUGGAGUUUUUGAUGAAGUGAUGGAGGGAGUGUAUUUUGGGUCAAGGGAGAGUGUAGGCUGUGCAGCUGAAAUGGUGAAGAGAAAUGUAGUUGAGGUUGGAGAUUUCAGGUUCUUUGAUGGGUACUGUGGUUGGGAGAAGGAACAAUUGAGAGAGGAAAUUAGGGCUGGUUAUUGGACUGUGGCAGCUUGCAGCCCAACUGUUCUUGGGCUUGGAAGUGUAGAGAGCAAUGGGCUUUGGGAUGAGAUACUCUGCCUCAUGGGCCCUAAAAAGGUUUGGUGAGAUUUUGUUGUUGGGCCAUGGAGAAAAUGAAAUAAUUGCUUGUAAAUAGACCCUUUAAUGCAAAUUUAUUGUAGUGCAAGUGCAAGUGUACCAAUGUGUAUUGGAAUUACCUUUUUUAACCCAUAACUAUACCAUA